AUGGACAAACCAUUUAGCUUUUGCAGGACAACUAUUAGCAAUAUCUACGCCAUAUCACUCACCCAGGAACAGAAAAAGCUAUUAAUGCAAAGAAUCUAUAACGAAAUCCACCAGAGCGGGACAAUGUCUGAAGAGCAAGUGCGUAGCACAUGUAAUCAACUGAAUCAAUGCUAUGAAGUACGCUUUGAAUCGAUUGCUUGUGCUAUGGAGAUUAUAAUAAAGCUCCUCACAGGGCGGGUAGCAACGGACGAGGUAUUACGCUCCUAUAGGAAGUUAUUGUCCUACGUUUCGAACGCAUUGGACAAAGGCACUUGUGCCAAACUGGCAAACUAUCUGCGCAGGAUUUCUUGUAUCGUUCUGGAAAAUGCGAUCGCUUCUGUGGAUUCCUUUCCCGUGGCUGUAAUGAAAUGCAUUUUAGUGCUGAUGUACCGUUUCCCGAUCACAAACGUGGCGGAGCGUCAAACCAUUUUUCAUGCGGUACGAUCAACGCUGGAAUGGUGCAGAUUCCGUCCCCCUCUUUACAAGCAGUGCGGAAUCAGUACGCUUAUCCGAUGCGUCAUUGCAUCCACCAAACGGUUACCGGACGAGGUAACCGUAGCGACCGAAUUGACUGUGCUUGCUCACAGCAUACUGGACGUUUUCUAUAGCCCGCAAACAACGGCAGUACAUCCGGUGGAGGUUCUGUUACGGUUGGUGUACGACCAGAUAUUCGCCCGUCUAGUGACGGAAUGGACCACGGUUAGGAGCUUUGAAUUGUUGCUGUACGUACUGUACGGCAUGCUGAAGCGCGAUAUCUUUACACACCUGAAGCUGGAUAUCGUUCGCUUGCUGGCGGAUGCGAUUGGUGGCGGUACGAGACGGCUUGUACGGUUUCUAUGCGUUGCAAAACACUUGAGAAAUGACAUACUGCUGCACAAGGUUAAAACCAUCCUCACGAUCGUGCUGUCUCACAGCCUGUUUCGUUACGAACCGGCCACACGAAUCGUACAUUUCCGAGCAUUUGUGAAGCUGAUUGAAAAAAUGGUAAAUGAUAUCGAUUUAGUACAGCUUGCAACUGCCAACUUCCUUUGCCUUAACAUCCCCCGUGCCAAGCUGAAGAUCGAGAGCGUUUGUUUUGUGUUUGUAAUUCGACAUCUCGAUUUACUCGAAGGCACUAGCAGUCGCAGUUUGGAGCUGGAUUAUGUCUACAAUCUCAUCGCGUCGGUUAACAUCAUUUACUACAAACGCUGGAAGAUUCCUAGCUUUCUCGUGAAACACUUUAUCGACGGACUAUCGCGAUACUCAAACACCGAAGCGUUUGUAAAAAAUGUCUCACAGCCAGAAAAAAAGAUCCAAGCCAUUCUUUCCAGCGGGCCAGCUAACGUGCGUCCGGACAAGCGAGCAGAAAAUGUUUUUGGACGACUGCCAGUUACGGUUCACCGUAUACAGUGGCUGUUUCAGCUGCAACCGGACAGCAUUGAUGAAAAGCUCAUUUUUCACCAGCAAAUUGCAAUCCUGCAGGAGCGCAUGAUCCUCUCCGGCGAUGAUGCAUGGGCCACCGAGCUGUUGGCUAUGUUCAAACCCGAAACGCUCAUCACCGUAUUAUCUACCAAAAGGGCCACCGCCACCGCUCGGUUAAAUGCGUCCGUACUGCUUUCGAGGAAUAGUCUUACCGGAAAGCAACUGAGUAAGGUACUCCGAAAAAUAGCAUGCCUCGGUCAGCAGCAACAGACAGUCUCGGCCGCCCAUUGGAUGGACUGGGUGCGAGCAGUUUACGGAACCGUACACACCCUGGACAGUGUUUCGAGACGAAAACUUUGGUGCGGGCUGGCCAAUAUCGAGCAAUCAACGUGUAGCGUUGAGCAGAGAAUGUUACUUGUCGAUAUUCGUGCCAGUCUGUUGGUUGCAAUGCUACCCGACACGAACGCGCCCGUACUGUAG